AUGGCCGAAGCUGGUCCUGCAGAUUCAGAAACCGUUGACGAUCCUGAAACUGUUUUGCAACCAGAUCUCGACAAGAUCGUUGCACUCGGAGAAAGGAAACUUGAUAACGUUCUUUCUCUUGUGAGUACCUUAGAGCCUGUUUCAGAUGAAGAGCAUUCAAAGGAACAACAUGCUUCAUCAGAUUUGAAAAAACUUAUAAAGAACCUUAUGAGGGAAGCUCAUUCAGAAUAUAGUGAGGCGGAUCUCAAACUGUUGAAGGUCAAAGCACAUGAAGUUAGAACAGUGACAACAUCUGUAGCUUUCAGACAGAUCAGGUCUUUACAGAGUAUAAUGGACUCUACUUUCUGCAGAAGAAUUGAAGGGAAUGAAAAUGCAGAUUCAGCAGCUAAACUAGCAUGCACUAUUACCCCAACAAUUUCAUAUCCCCCUGUAUCAGACUGGAUAGCAUCUGUCAAAUCUCUAAUAUAUCAAAAUUGGCAAACUGAUUGGUCUUCCGUACCAAUAUCAAGUAAGCUGAAAAAUAUAUCUGAGGGAUACCCAUGGGUAUCAUCAUCUCAAAAGAAUCCUGAGACUUGUUCUACUGGAGAAAAGUGUGCAUUUGACACUAGAAAAAAAGUGUUACUUGAAUAUUUAACAUUGCAAUGUUUUAAUUGGUUAUGGAAUAAACACAAUUCUAAGGUCAAGUUGGGCUAUUUCAGGUAUUUCCAUAUUACCAGGGAAGAUGAAACGUUAUAUCACACAACAGGAGAGAUCCAUCCACGUGUAGUGGAUCAGGUCAUGCGCAAAGCAUUAUAUGUUGACAUCUUUAGUCCAGGAGUACGUCCUUCAUGUAAGGAAUUUUUGAAAGGCAAUUGCAUCUUGCCUACGUGUAGAUUUCGCCACCUGGACCGUCGUGAAUAUGAAGAUGAAAUUUUCCGCUCACUGCAAGAAGAGUUCCAGGUAGUAUUUGGCCUUCCAGAGAAACGUGAAAUCUCGCCUCAAAGUGACAGCUAUAAACGUAAUCAGUAUCAGAGCUCGGCUUGGUAUGAUAGACCUGCUUAUGAUGCUCAAGACAGUCUGCCACCAGGCGAUUUACGAACCACAGUUUUAGGACAAGGUGGUGGCUUUGAGCCUGAUAAUAAACGAAGGCGUCAUUAUUCUGACGAGAGGUCAUAUCAGUAUCCCAACAGUUACCGAACGAACGAUUUGCAAAGACCAUGGGAUGAGAGGGUUGAUUAUGAUAGGAGGGCCCUAGCUAAUACCAAUUACUCUGUAGAGAUGGAAAGAAUGAUGCAAGAAAUCAGUCAUCUUAGGAAUGAUAAAAUUGAAAUAACUAGAAGUAUGGAUCAGCAGAUCUUGGCUCUCAGAGAUGAAAUAGCUCUUAUGACCCGAGAGAAUGAAAAUUUGCAUCAGGAUAACGUUUUCCUUCGGAAUUCAGUUAAUGAUGUAGAAGUUUCAAACAAGGCUGCUGUGGACAGCUUGAUGAUGACCAACGACAAUCUUGUAGAGGAUAACAAGCAGCUCAAAAUAGCGCUGAAAAAUGCUGAAAGUGAAGUCGCUGAUGCUAGGAAGAUGUUAGGAAAAAAGAUUGAUGACUUGGAAAAAGAAAAGAAGGACCUGAAUAAUGCUCUUCGUAAUGCUAAGGAUGCUGAACAAAAACUGAAGGAUGAAUUUCACAGGAUUAAGAUUGAGAAGGAAGCUUUACAAAAGAUAAGAGACAAUUUGAAAGCUGAAUUAGAGAGGGUCAAUCAUCAGCUUUCAAUGAAUACGACUAACCAAAAUAUAGCAAGGAAGGAACAGGAUCAAGUGUCAUAUCUGAGAGAGGACCCCAAAGACGACAGCUGUAGUUCAAGAAGACUUAAUUCUGGUAUGAGGGGUUUGAAUAAAGCAGAAAAGUCAGCUUGGUCAAAUAACACCCCGGCAAGCCAGCACGAAAAGAGCGAUAGACAGGUGAGGCCUGAUUGGCAAGAAAGGUCAUGGCCAGAUACACUGAAAAACAGUGAUAGAAGAGAUGACUUUACCUCAGAAAUUGCAGGUUAUAAACAAGAAGGCCCUUGGAAAUCUGAGGCAUCUGAGAAAACUGGCUCUGUACAGUCACAAAGCCUCCUGGGUGAAUUUCCCCAACCUUCAAGUCUCCUUGGGCAGUAUCCUCCAUCAGUAGGGAAAGAUGUUAUCCAAGCACUUUCAGAAUUUGGUGCCAACAAAAGCCAAAAUAGUCAGCCAACAAAGAUGGUACAAAGUAAAGUAUCAGGUGGACAGCAAGUUGAUUUGGGGCUAAGCCAAAAUCAUGAAGGGCAUAGGGCUGAAUUUGGACCAGUUUCAGGCCAGAAUGGACAGCGGCAAGAGUAUAUUGGUAACCAAGGCCAACGACCAGAUUAUGGGCCAAGCCAACGGUCUGAAUUUGGAGGAGGGCAACGACCUGAUUAUGGCUCAGGACAGCGCUCUGAUUAUAGGCCAAAUUUUGGCCCUGAUAAACGAUCAGAUUUUGGACCUAACCAAGGGCCCGGGGGGCGAUUUGAUUUUGGUCCAAAUCAAAGUCGAGGGGGACCUUGGGCAUCAGACAUUCCACUUUCAAAAGGACAGAAUGAACAUUGUCCUGAUUAUGGAACAAACAGAAGUCAGAGUGGACAGUGGGGAGACUUUACAUCUAGUAGGACCCAGGGUGGGCACAGGGGUGAUAUGUGGAACAAUCGCUCUGAGGGUCAGUCAAGAAGCAAUUUUUGGGGUUCUGAAAAGGAUCCAGCAAAUAGUUCAUACAUGGGAUCAGCAAGGUCACGCAUGGGAGAAAGAGAUUAUGGGUUGUCAGGUUAUGAUAAUGGGAUGAGGGAUGGGGCAUUUGCCGGUGGACCCGACAUGUGUAGUAGCAGUACUGGGUCACAUCGAGGUAAUUGGCUAAAAGAUGAUGACAGACUAAGUACAGGAAGAUCACGUCCUGGUUUUAAGUUCUAAUUUAUUUUAUUGGUGACGCAUUUAUUUUCUUAGGCUAGUAUUAUUGAGGGCUAAGAUGUCUUUUAGGACUAAUAUAGAUUACUGUAGAUGUGAGCCAUGCAGUUUUGUGCUAGAAUUAUAAAUAGAUUAAGAAAGAUUUUUAAGAGAGUUUUGCACCCUUUUUAAUCAGCUAUUUUGAGUUAGUCGUAUUCCAAUAGAUUCAAAGCAGUAGCAUAAUGUUUUUUGUUAUUAAUGUGCAUAAGGUCACGGGUAUUUUCAAUAUCUAAACCUUCUUAGAAGUUUAAUGUUGUCUUUUUUUGUGUUGUAAUUUUCAUUGGUAUAUCAUUUAAAGAUUUUUGUAUCAAGUGUUGUUACAUGUAUGCAGAAUAUUCAUUUUUAAUUUUGGUUAUUGACUUAAAUGAAAAAAAUUAUACUUAAUGCAUACACAUUACUCAAGUGAUUAAGGUAUUAGUAUGGUUUUGCUUUGCAUUGUACAAUGUAAUUCAUUCAGAAUUUCUUUUAGUGUUAUUUAUUCAUUUCUUGCUGUUUACUUUUGAUUAUUGAUUGAAUGUAAUAACACCUAGUAGGUUUUUCAGACUACUGUAAUAGUACAUUUUUAUAAGAAAUGCUAAAUACAUAUGGAAGAGAAGGAUUGAAUACUUUUAUGAUUUAUAAUUACUAUAAAGCUGAAACCUUCUCCUCUGGUAAAGAGACUUAAUCAUUCUCUUUAGGUUUUGUUACAAUGUCAUGAACUUCAAUAUGUAAAUGUGCAAUUAUUGUUACACAUAUUUAUGUACAGGUACCAUAGUUGCAAAAAAACCCCAAAUAUACAAAAAAUCAAGAG